AUGUCUACCAUCAGAUCCAUCCGCUCCAUUGCUCCCCUCCUCGACCGCAUCCUCGUCCAACGCAUCAAGCCCGAAGCCAAAACCGCAACCGGCAUCUUCCUCCCCGAAACCGCAGUCAAAGAGCUCAACGAAGCCAAAGUCGUUGCCGUGGGUCCCGGCGCCCUCGACCGCGAUGGAAAGAGAAUCACACCUAGCGUGGCUGUGGGCGACAAGGUCUUGAUCCCGCAGUUUGGAGGCAAUCCGAUCAAAGUGGGCGAGGAGGAAUUGAGCUUGUUCAGAGAUCAUGAGCUCCUUGCAAAGAUCAACGAGUAA